UUGCGUUCAAAUCAGUAGUCAACGAUUUGUCGUGCAGUGGCAUCGUUGUGAGUCUUGUUCCGAAGUGAUAAAUACUUAGAAGUGAAAUACCUUCAGUAGCCAUUUACGCAGUGAGAAAAUCACUUUGAAUUUCAACAAAUAAAUUUUAAACGCAGCAGUCCAGUAUGCAAAUCUUCGUGAAGACACUUACUGGUAAAACCAUUACCUUGGAGGUUGAACCCUCUGAUACCAUUGAAAAUGUAAAAGCAAAAAUCCAAGAUAAGGAAGGCAUUCCACCAGAUCAGCAACGGUUGAUCUUCGCUGGAAAGCAAUUGGAAGACGGGCGUACUCUAUCUGACUAUAACAUCCAGAAGGAAUCGACCCUCCACUUGGUUCUCCGUCUCCGAGGUGGCAUGCAAAUCUUCGUCAAGACAUUGACUGGUAAGACCAUCACUUUGGAGGUCGAGCCUUCCGAUACCAUCGAGAACGUCAAGGCUAAGAUCCAGGAUAAGGAAGGAAUUCCCCCAGAUCAGCAACGUUUGAUCUUCGCCGGAAAGCAGCUGGAGGACGGACGCACCUUGUCCGACUACAACAUCCAAAAGGAGUCGACCCUCCACUUGGUCCUUCGUCUCCGAGGUGGAAUGCAAAUCUUCGUCAAGACCUUGACUGGUAAGACCAUCACUUUAGAGGUCGAGCCUUCCGAUACCAUCGAGAACGUCAAGGCUAAGAUCCAGGAUAAGGAAGGAAUUCCGCCAGAUCAGCAACGUUUGAUCUUCGCCGGAAAGCAGUUGGAGGACGGACGCACAUUGUCCGACUACAACAUCCAGAAGGAGUCGACCCUCCACUUGGUUCUCCGUCUCCGAGGUGGAAUGCAAAUCUUCGUCAAGACCUUGACUGGUAAGACCAUCACUUUGGAGGUCGAGCCUUCCGAUACCAUCGAGAACGUCAAGGCUAAGAUCCAGGAUAAGGAAGGAAUUCCCCCAGACCAGCAACGUUUGAUCUUCGCCGGAAAGCAGCUGGAGGACGGACGCACCUUGUCCGACUACAACAUCCAGAAGGAGUCGACCCUCCACUUGGUCCUUCGUCUCCGAGGUGGCAUGCAAAUCUUCGUCAAGACCUUGACUGGUAAGACCAUCACUUUGGAGGUCGAGCCUUCCGAUACCAUCGAGAACGUCAAGGCUAAGAUCCAGGAUAAGGAAGGAAUUCCGCCAGAUCAGCAACGUUUGAUCUUCGCCGGAAAGCAGCUGGAGGACGGACGCACCUUGUCCGACUACAACAUCCAGAAGGAGUCGACCCUCCACUUGGUCCUUCGUCUCCGAGGUGGAAUGCAAAUCUUCGUCAAGACCUUGACUGGUAAGACCAUCACUUUGGAGGUCGAGCCUUCCGAUACCAUCGAGAACGUCAAGGCUAAGAUCCAGGAUAAGGAAGGAAUUCCCCCAGAUCAGCAACGUUUGAUCUUCGCCGGAAAGCAGCUGGAGGACGGACGCACCUUGUCCGACUACAACAUCCAGAAGGAGUCGACCCUCCACUUGGUCCUUCGUCUCCGAGGUGGCAUGCAAAUCUUCGUCAAGACCUUGACUGGUAAGACCAUCACUUUGGAGGUCGAGCCUUCCGAUACCAUCGAGAACGUCAAGGCUAAGAUCCAGGACAAGGAAGGAAUUCCCCCAGAUCAGCAACGUUUGAUCUUCGCCGGAAAGCAGCUGGAGGACGGACGCACCUUGUCCGACUACAACAUCCAGAAGGAGUCGACCCUCCACUUGGUCCUUCGUCUCCGAGGUGGCAUGCAAAUCUUCGUCAAGACUUUGACUGGUAAGACCAUCACUUUGGAGGUCGAGCCUUCCGAUACCAUCGAGAACGUCAAGGCUAAGAUCCAGGAUAAGGAAGGAAUUCCCCCAGAUCAGCAACGUUUGAUCUUCGCCGGAAAGCAGCUGGAGGACGGACGCACUUUGUCCGACUAUAACAUCCAAAAGGAGUCGACCCUCCACUUGGUCCUUCGUCUCCGAGGUGGCAUGCAAAUCUUCGUCAAGACUUUGACUGGUAAGACCAUCACUUUGGAGGUCGAGCCUUCCGAUACCAUCGAGAACGUCAAGGCUAAGAUCCAGGACAAGGAAGGAAUUCCCCCAGAUCAGCAACGUUUGAUCUUCGCCGGAAAGCAGCUGGAGGACGGACGCACCUUGUCCGACUACAACAUCCAGAAGGAGUCGACUCUCCACUUGGUUCUCCGUUUGCGCGGUGGUAACUAAAUGAAACUAAAAGAGAAUUAGCAUAUAUAACGGUUGCCAUGUACGGUUGCGAUUUUGAGAGGCAUUUAAAAUGAAAAUUAAAUUUUUUUUGCAACAGCAAUUUAUCUUUACGAUUUUUUGAAAGAAUUCAAUAAAAGGCUUUUUUCUUGGCAUUAAU